UAUGAAACAAGCAUUGCUUCUUGUAUUAGUGAUUAUGGGUAGUCUAGCAACAGAAUUUGAUAAUUAAAUUGCUGAACUAGAAGAAACAUAAUUUGGAUAGACUAUAUUACAAACUAUUCAAAUGGAGAUGUAAACAGAAGAUCCAGUUGUAUCUAAUUUGGUUGAUAUAAUGCAAAAUUUAGAACAAACAUUAGAAGGAGAAUAAAAACGAGAUGAUGAGAGAAUAGUAAGAUUUAAAUAGAACUGUGAUAUUGCUUUGAGUUAAUUGACAGAAAUUAUAAAUACAAGCACUGUCACAUCACUUACUUUAAAGAGUGAUUUAGAUUCAUUAAAUCCAUAAAAAGUUUAAGCAGUAGCUAGUUUAGAGAGAAAGAAUCUAGAAAUUGCAGAUUUGAAAGCAGAAUUAGAUUAUUAGACUUUAAAGAGAUAAAAAGAAUCAGCUACUUAUUAAACAAUUCUAGACAAUCUUGAAUAAGCAUUAUUUGGAGUUAAUUAAGUUAAAGGAUAUUUUAAUAAAUAUUUAGAUGUAUUGGUAAAGAAUAGAAAUAGAUUUUAAUAACCAUAACCAUCAUUUCUUUAAGAAGAUUUUUCAUUUUAAUAUAAUGAUGAAGAUAUAGAAGAAGAUAUUGAUUCUAAGGGAAUCACUUCAUUUGCUUAAGUUGCUCAAAAAGUUAAUAAAUUAAAACAUCAUGUAAAACAACAAAAAUACAAUUCUAGGUUCAUUUAGAAGGUUAUAAAUCAAUAAUUGAAAUAUUGAGUCAAUUAGCUAGUUAAGCUUAAACAUCAGCAGAUGAACCAAGUUAAUGUGAAGUAUUGACUAGAAAGGUUUUAUCCAUUCUUAAAUAAAUUGAAAAUUAUAUUUAAUCAGAAAGAAUUAGAGAAGAUUAAGCAGAAAAUCUAAGAUAAAGUUCUUAUGAAGAUUUGAGAACUCUAUUAUCAGAUCAAUUGGUUAAGGCUAAUUAAGAUAAAACAUAUAUGGAAGGUAUAUAUUAUUAUAAUAAUAUCUAUUUAGGUUUAAUUGAUUCAUUAUCAAAUAGAAUUUAAUAAGCUAAAAAUGAAAAAUUUGAAGUUGAUUAAAAGAUUACAACUAAAUCUAAAGAAAAAGAAAAUAGAGAAAAUGAUUGUAGAUUGAAAAGAUAAGAAUAUGAAACUGAUACUGCUAGCAGGUAUUUAUAUUAUUAAUAAUUAUAGAAUUAAAUAAAAGAGAUCAGUUGCUAUAGCUGUUGAUUUGAUAUCUUCCAAAUUAGGAUAACUAAAGAGAAAAUUAUUAGAAAAUUGAUU